AUGCGAGAUGCACAAAGACGACUGGACACUGCACGAGAAGCAGCGACCAAUUCCACCUGCUCCAAACCCCUCGUAUGCAUUCCGCCUACGAUUACCUGCGAAUUCCGAGACGACAAGGGCGCAGACGCUCCCACCACGCAGGUGGAAACUACCACUGUGCAAACGACGACCACAUUUGAGACAUUCGCUCUUGAUUACUGUGCGCGGAAGUAUGGGCUGUGCUCGAAGCAUGAUGUACUAGUACUUCCGAUCGUGCGGGAAUUUUUUAGUGCUUCGGUGGAUUCGACCCCAUUUACAUAUGACCGUAGGAAGAACCGAUUGACUAGAUGUUGUGAGAAUAACAGGCCAUCAAAGCAUUUUUUGUAUAUGAGCGUUGAGUUUGCACGAAUGGAAGUACGCGGAGCAGAAAUUAUUGGAGGAACCCCUACUCCGUGCUUCGCAGUGCCGCCAGUCUGA